UGACAUGUAAGGUAUUUAUAUCAGAUCAGAUGUAAGACGUUACAAUAACAAGCUAUUAUUUAUAUGCGAGCAAAAUAAUGGCCAUGAUUCACUGAUACGAAGUCGGAGAAAAAAAUCCUUUUUUUCGUUUCCACAAUUUAAGGGUAUUCCCCUUGCACGCGCUUAUAAAAUAUCUGGAUUAAAGACUCAAUUUGGAUCAUUACGCCAGUGGCUGGGGGCAGAAUAAACAGAGCGUAGAUAAAUAUAGAUAAAAAUAUGAUUGACAGGAGGUCGAAAAAGUCAGGACAGGUGUGUAUGAGAAGUUUAAACUUAAAUUCGCUACUGUUGGUCUUAUUUGUGCUUGCCGUGUUUGUAGAAUAUUCGAAUUCCAGCCCAUCCUACGCAGUUCGGUGUCCAAGGGGUUACUAUACCAACCGUGCACAUUCAGACGUGCGUAGAAGAUGCGUCCCAUGCUAUAGAUGCCCUUCAGGCUACGGAGUGCGUAGGCCAUGCGGACAGUUCACCGACACAGUAUGCGAGGCGUGUACAGUGGGCCGCACCUACGCAAACAACAAAAUACCUCACAAACGUUGCCGCGAAUGUUCUUCUUGUGCCCCGCAUCAACACAUGGAAAGAAACUGCACGCUUACGAGCGACACCCAGUGUACCAAGUCUUGUGACAAAGGUUUCUAUUGGGGCAACGCACAUUAUAAGUGCAGAGCUUGCUCAUGGUGCUUUCCACGAGUGUUGCACCCGAGUGACAUGCCUUUAGUAGCCGACUGUGAUGUCCAUGGCAUUCCUAUCGAUUACCAGUGCGCAGAGAUGUUUUUGGACAGCUUACCGAAUCAAACUAGUUGGCUUCAAUACAAGAGAGCUAAGGAAGCGCGCAUUCGGCAAAUAGCUCCAGGGGAUGAAUCAUCGGCGGGGGAUUCCGAAGCAAGCGGGGACUUUACAGCCGAAACGACCGAUCGUAUUUCGAACGAUUUCUUCCCAAAUGAUGACGAAGAAUUAGAAGAAGAAACCCCCUUAAAACAUGCGACGCUAGCCUUAUCAGAGUCUGAAAAUGUUACUGCGGUUUCCGAAACAUAUAAGAGUAUACCUGACGAUACCCAGACGUUGCUACCGGUUCCUCUGUCUCCGCGCAUGCGCCCUGCUCCUAUACAAAACAAAGCAAACGAAGAACUUGAUUUAAAAGUUACCGAAAACAGAACUAUAACUCUAUUAACGAUAGUUUCAAUUACUCUCGCAGCAUUCGCGGUUGUUCUCUCAAUUUUCACUUUGGUUUUAAUGACCAAACACACGAUACUUGUGAAACGAUAUUUUAACGCAACUUGAAGCAAUAUAGAAGCAAAA